AUGCAAGGCCCGGAGUCCAAGGCCCGGAGUCCAAGGUCUGGGAGCUCCAAGGCCCGGAGUCCAAGGCCUGGAGUCCAAAGCCCGGAGUCCAAGGCCCGGAAGCUCCAAGGCCCGGAGUCCAAGGUCUGGAGUCCAAAGCCCGGAGUCCAAGGCCCGGAAGCUCCAGACCCGGGACCUGCAAGGCCCAGAGUCCAAGGUCUGGAAGCUCCCAGGCCUGGGAGCUCCAAGGCCAAGGCCCGGAGUCCAAGGUCUGGGAGCUCCAAGACCCGGAGUCCAAGGCCCGGAGUCCAAGGUCUGGGAGCUCCAGACCCGGAGUCCAAAGCCCGGAGUCCAAGGCCCGGAAGCUCCAGACCCGGGACCUGCAAGGCCCAGAGUCCAAGGUCUGGGAGCUCCCAGGCUUGGGAGCUCCAAGGCCAAGGCCCGGAGUCCAAGGUCUGGGAGCUCCAGACCCGGAGUCCAAGGCCCGGAGUCCAAGGUCUGGGAGCUCCAGACCAGGGAGCUUCAAGGCCCGGAGUCCAAGGCCUGGGAGCUCCAAGGCAUGGGAGCUCCAAGGCCCGGGAGCUCCAAGGCCCGGAGUCCAAGGCCUGGGAGCUCCAGGGCCCGGAGUCCAAGGCCCGGAGUCCAAGGCCUGGGAGCUCCAAGGCCUGGGAGCUCCAAGGCCCGGAGUCCAAAGCCCGGAGUCCAAAGCCCGGAGUCCAAGGCCUGGGAGCUCCAAGGCCCGGAGUCCAAAGCCCAGAAGCUCCAAGGCCCGGAAGCUCCAAGGCCCGGAAGCUCCAAGGCCCGGAAGCUCCAAGGCUCGGGAGCUCCAGACCCGGGAGCUCCAGACCCGGGAGCUCCAAGGCCCGGAGUCCAAGGCCUGGGAGCUCCAAAGCCCGGAGUCCAAAGCCUGGAAGCUCCAAGGCCCGAAGUCCAAGGCCCGAAGUCCAAGGCCCAGAGUCCAAGCAGCCUCCUAAAGUAAAGCCAAUAGUUAACGUCCUGCUGGAGCUGAUGAUUGUUAUGGGAACACGCACGUAUGACUACAAGCCAAACAGUGGAUGA